UGUUUAUGCAUAGCUAGCCAACCAGUAAAUCAGAUAUCUAAAUGUAUGAUAGCACUAUUAUAAUAAUAAUGUUUAUUAUGUGUUUGUGUUUCUUAAUGAAAAAAUCUGUCUGUAGGAGCCAUGUUAAGAGUAUGUCAUGUGACAGUGGGAGAAUAAAGGCGUCAUUAAUUAUGUAGGGUUAAAAUAAAUACCUGUGUGUAGCUUUGGGAACAUGGGGGUGAGUGCAGAAAAACACAUUUUUUGGUUGAUUGUAUAAUCGUAUGUUCAUUCAGACUCUGUAUUGUUGACUUCAUUGUUAUACUUACAAUUAAAAAAGUCCUGAUUCAUUUUCAAUGCAGGAAAACCCUGCGGCAAUAAUCAGGUGAUGUCUGCAUCAUUUCACUUUGACAUGCGAUAAUAACUUUUAUUCAAAACCUUGAUCACUCAAUUUAAAUAAAAUGAAAACAUUUAUUGAAAUCAAUUAAAAAAAAGGAAAAUCGCCCAGGUCUACACCAAACAUAGAUUCAGAUUCUGUAAUUAAUGCUUGAGAAAACAUUCUUAAGUGAAACAUUAGAAAGUCUGAAACAAAUUGUGAUUGUUUUACUGACAUUAAAUGUUUUAAUGUCUCUUCUUUCAUUUCUAGUUCACACCCAUAGAGUGAAAGUAAUUGAGACCUUCAGUGAAGCUCCUCCUACAACAAUCCACCAAUAAAUGCUGGAGUCAAACACACAGAGAAAUCACUCCAUGUGUGACAACUGAAAUCUUCAUGACAUAAUGUUGAUGCUGGUGAAAGAGGAGCUUGAGAAGAUGACAGAUCCACAACCAUUCAGAAUAAAGCAAGAAGAUAUUGAGGAACAAAUAGAUAUGAUGGAAGUGAAAGAGGAGAGUCAAGCUGAAGUGGAUGAGAAACAUCAGAUUGUAAAAAUAAACCAUAAUGUUUCACAAAAAGAAACUCUGAAGACAGAAGACAUAAAGUGUGAAAAUAGUUUCAGUGAAGAUGAACGCCCUGAAGAUCACAAGAGGACUCACAGUGAGGAGAAACCUUUCAGAUGUCAACAGUGUGGAAAGAGUUUCAGAAGAAAAGAGAACCUUAAAGCACACAUGAGGAUUCACACCAGAGAGAAACCACACCCGUGCCAUCACUGUGAAAAGAGUUUUACAACUGCAGGUAACCUUAAGACACAUUUGAGGAUUCACACUGGAGAGAAACCUUACACUUGUCAUCAAUGUGAAAAGAGUUUUACAACUGCACGUAACCUUAAGAUACAUUUGAGGAUUCACACCGGAGAGAAACCUUACACUUGUCAUCAAUGUGCAAAGAGUUUUUCUGUUGAAAGUAACCUUAAGGUACACGCGAGGAUUCAUACUGGAGAGAAACUAUUUGUGUGUCAUGAGUGUGGAAAGAGUUUUAUAUCUGCAGGUGAACUUAAAAAACACAUGAGGUCUCACACCGGAGAGAAACCUUACACUUGUCAUCAGUGUGGAAAGAGUUUUAGAACAAAAGCUUACCAUAACAUACACAUGAGGAUUCACACUGGAGAGAAACGAUACGUGUGCCAUCACUGUGGAAAGAGUUUUAUAACUGCAGGUGAACUUAAGGUACACAUGAGGAUUCACACCGGAGAGAAACCUUCGACUUGUCAUCAAUGUGGAAAGAGUUUUUCUAAUGAAAGUAACCUUAAAAUACAUGCAAGAAUUCACACUGGAGAAAAACCUUACAGAUGCCAUGAGUGUGAAAAAUGUUUCAGAAGCAAAAGUAACCUGAAAACACACAAGAAAAUUCACAAAGCAGAGAAACUUCACUCAUGUUCUCAGUGUGAAAAAAGUUUCAUUGAUAAAUGUGGACUUGAGACUCACAUGAGAAUUCACACUCGAUAGAAAUCAUUCAUGUGUCAACAGUGUGGAUAUGACAACAAAGUUUAGAAAUCAGCUGAGGUCUUAUUAAUAAAACUGUCUGGAGGAUCCUUACUAAAAGUCUACAUGCACACAAAAGCCCAAAAUCUCUGUACUUGUGUUCUUGUGGGCGUGUAAUGGCCGAUUCACACCGGCUGCGUGGCGUGUGCGUCUCAGCUGCGUGGCGUGUCCGUUUUUAUUUAGGCUCCCAUGUUAGCAGGUUUGACAGUUCACACCGCCUGCAUGACACGCACGUCUCAGGCGCGGCUCGAGCCGCGCCAAAAACGCGUGCAUGCUAGGAAUAGGACCGACGCCUAUUUUUCACGCCACACGCAAGCGUCUUGGAAGCGUUUCCAGGCAAAAUAUAUGUCACCUAUAGCAACAGCAGCGCGUCAGCGCUGCAUCAGGCAUGAUUCUGGUAUGUACAGACACAGAAAACGCGACGCAGCCGCCACGCAACUGAUAUGCAACAGGUAAGCCACGCAGCCGGUGUGAAUCAGCCCUAAAACGUCAUCAGUCACGGCCCAAGUACUGCUCCAAUUCCAACUUUGCAUCGUGCCAAGUGACUUGUGUGGACUUAUGACAGCCAAGUUUCCCAGAAUGCAUUUUGCAUCAGCGCCAAUGAAGCUUAAAACCUGCACAAUAUUUGAAAUAUUACUCUUUCUGUGUCAUAAAAUGUAGCUGUUUAGUCAAGAAUAUAGAUGGAUAAACUUUAAAUCUGUGGUCAGAUAGUAAAGAUAGUGCCUAUAUUAAAGAUUUUGGAUAU